AUGCAUUGCUACUCUAGGAAAGACAUGUUCAUUAGAUAAGUGAUACUCAACAUGGAAAUAAACAAGAGGUAGAAAUGAACUCUUCUUUCUUCUUGAACUUUACUCUUCAGUUGUUUUUGGGUUCUCUUCACUUGUUUUUGGGUUCUCUUCAGUGAUACUUCAGCAAUUUUGUAAAUUUUAAGGUACUUAGAAAACGCUGUAGAAGAUGGCGGCUGUGUCGUUACGCAAUGUGGUUGUGGUGAUGGCAGUGGUGCUGGUGACUGUGCAGGUGUUUGCACAAGGGUAUCCGGAAGCAGAUUUGGUUGUGAGGCUUCCAGGUCAACUAAAGGUUGCGUUCAGACAGUACGCCGGGUACGUUGAUCUCGACAUGAAUGCUGGGCGUAGCCUUUUCUACUACUUCGUGGAGGCUGAAGAACACCCUGACACAAAACCGCUAACCUUGUGGCUCAAUGGAGGUCCAGGUUGUUCUUCAGGUUGUGGAGGAGCUUUCACUGAGCUAGGUCCAUUUUACCCCACAGGCGAUGGCGGUGGUCUUCGCGUUAACUCCAUGUCGUGGAACAAAGGUCUGAUUUUGAUCAUUUUAUGCAAAAAACAGAGAACUGUGAUCAUAAAUCUGAUGCUAUUGUCUCUUUUUGUGAAAUGUGUAGCAUCGAACCUGCUGUUUGUGGAGUCACCGGUUGGAGUUGGAUGGUCUUACUCCAACCGAAGCUCUGAUUACAACACCGGUGACAAGUCUACUGCCAGCGAUAUGCUCGUGUUCUUGUUGGGAUGGUUCGACAAGUUCCCAGAGUUCAAGUCUCGCGACUUCUUUCUCACUGGUGAAAACUAUGCAGGACAUUACAUACCGCAAUUGGCUGAUGCGAUACUCAGCUACAAUUCACGCUCAAGUGGGUUCAAAUUCAACAUCAAAGGCAUUGCAAUUGGGAAUCCAUUUCUGAAGCUUGACAGAGACGUCCGAGCUGCAUUCGAGUUCUUCUGGUCGCACGGGAUGAUCUCUGAUGAAGUGGGACACACAAUCAUGAGUCAGUGUGACUUCUUGGAUUACACAUAUAUAUACCCGCAUAACCUAAGUGUUGCAUGCAACGACGCUAUCCGUGAAGCCGGAAACAGCAUUACUGAGUAUGUCAACAACUAUGAUUUUCUCCUGGACAUUUGCUACCCCUCGAUUGUCCUGAAAGAACUUAGGCUUAAGCAAAUGGCCACAAAGAUGAGCAUGGGAGUUGAUGUCUGUAUGACCUACGAAAGACAGUUAUAUUUUAAUCUCCCAGAGGUACAGAUGGCGCUUCAUGCGAACCGCACUCAUCUGCCAUAUUCAUGGUCAAUGUGCAGCAACCUGUUAAACUACUCUGGCAUCGAUGCAAACAUCAACAUGCUUCCGACUCUGAAGAGAGUUAUACAGAACAAAAUUCCUGUUUGGAUCUUCAGUGGAGAUCAAGAUUCUGUAGUUCCAUUUCUGGGAACACGAACUGUCGUAAGAGAACUCGCCAACGAUCUCAAUUUCAAGACGACAGUUCCAUAUGGAGUGUGGUUCCACAAAAGACAGGUUGGAGGUUGGGCCAUCGAGUAUGGAAACAUACUCACUUUUGCAACAGUGAGAGGAGCGGCUCAUGCGGUGGCGAACACGCAGCCCUCACAAGCUCUGCAUCUAUUCAGCACCUUUCUUCGUGGCCAUAGAUUGCCCAACAAGACAGAUAUAGCUAUGCAUGAUUGAAAGAGAAGGAAGCUCAUUAUUAGAGUUUAUAUCCUUCGACAUAUUUUUUCCUACGAUUAUUAGUAACAAGACUCGUCUCUUUAUUAUCAUAAUGGUUUAAUGAUGUAAACGAGACAUAAUCUCCACUCAGAACCGUUGACAUAAAACAAAAAAGGUAGUGUCUUAAGUUCCUUCGCGGGUUUUGCCUACUUUUAUCAUCACCCAAACCAAUAUCCUUGCCCUAGACACCCAUCUCAACAACAUUCCUCUUCGGUCUAAACUUAUGGACCAUAGGUGCAACGUUGAGCAUCUUGAACUUUUGGGCAGUUUGUGUUGCAGCAGAGCUCAGACUAUCACACUGACCUCUUUGAAUACACAUAGGCCUCAUAUUUAGGAAUCUUGAAAGCAUUUGUCUUUACGAUGACAAAUAACACCUGAAUUAUGCAAAGAAAUUUAACUGCAAAUUAUCAUUAGAUUGUCUAUAUGUUAAUGGAAUCCUGUAAAAAAUUGAGUAACAUGACAGAUUCACAUUUCUGAAACAUUUAGUCAUUUGAACAGCGGACCAACAUGCAUUUGUAAUAACUUGAAUUUAGCAGAUGAGCCUCAGUGAGGGAAGUCUUAUAGAGAAAUAAGAAACUUGAAAAGAGAGAAGGAAACCAAUCUUAUGACUCUACUGGUGCAGUAAAACGAAGCAUCUCUAUCCUUUCUCCUCUAACUAUGACAAAGCAGAUUGGUGAACGUUUCUUCUGCCCAUUCCCUCCAUUAGUUUAUUGCUUGUAAGAUCAUCUUCGAUUGUGUUCUUGUAUAAACUCUCGUCUCUGACUAUAAAUUGGAACAGUUUAUUCUCCUUCUCUUUCAGAGGCAUGCACUUUCCAUCAACAGAGCAACUUUUUUUGUUCUGGAACUCCACGUUAUAGACUUCCCUUUAUUAUUUUUAAUUAACCCAACCACCACUAUUUAACCGGCUCGCCCACCCGAACCAACCCUAAUUCAGAUUACCCAUCAACCUUGUUUCAAACAAAAAAUAUCAUGUCUCCUUCUUCCUGUUGUUUUUCUUUAUCUCGACACUGUCAAUCGCGAAGCUUGUGGCUUUGUUACUUCUUGCCUUGGUUUUCACCACCCGCGUCUUCGUAGAUUCUGGAUCGUAAUUUUAUAGAUAUCACUAGAAUAUGU